AUAUUGUUGUAUUUUAGCUUGGAAGAUAUUGUAAAAUAAGCUAUAUAGUUAUUUAGAUUUAUAAUAUUAAUUCAUCUACAUAUAAUUUGGAUGCUGAUUGGUUUUGACUUUCAAAAUAUGAAGACUAUAUUGGGCUGAAAGAAGACAGUUUUGUAUUAUUGGACAAAUGGAUGACACAAUGAAAAGUUUGGAUGAUAUUGAUUUGUCCUCACUUCGGGACCCUGCUGGAAUUUUCGAACUUGUUGAGGUAGUUGGUAAUGGAACAUAUGGUCAGGUAUACAAAGGCCACCAUGUCAAAACAGGCCAACUUGCUGCCAUCAAACUCAUGGAUGUUACUGAGGAAGAAGAGGAAGAGAUCAAACUUGAAAUCAAUAUGCUGAAAAAAUAUUCUCACCAUAGAAAUAUUGCAACUUAUUAUGGAGCUUUUAUAAAGAAAACUCCUGCAGGACAGGAUGAUAAACUUUGGCUGGUGAUGGAAUUUUGCGGUGCCGGAUCUGUAACUGACCUUGUCAAAGGUACGAAAGGCAAUACAUUACGAGAAGACUGGAUUGCUUACAUCUGUAGAGAAAUUCUAAAGGGUUUGCAACAUUUACAUCUACACAAAGUCAUUCAUCGUGAUAUUAAAGGACAAAAUGUUUUGCUUACCGAAAACGCAGAAGUAAAAUUAGUAGAUUUUGGCGUCAGUGCACAAUUAGACAAAACAAUAGGACGAAGAAACACAUUUAUUGGAACACCAUAUUGGAUGGCUCCUGAAGUGAUAGCUUGCGAUCAGAAUCCAAAUGCCACAUACGAUUAUCGGAGUGAUGUUUGGUCCCUUGGUAUCACAGCUAUUGAAAUGUCAGAAGGAGCUCCUCCUUUAUGUGAUAUGCAUCCAAUGCGAGCACUUUUUCUCAUUCCAAGAAAUCCACCACCUCGAUUACGUUCCAAGAAGUGGACUACAAGGUUUCAGAGUUUUGUUGAUCAGACGCUGAUUAAAAAUUAUCAUCAACGAUCUGGGACAGAUGCAUUACUUCGACAUCCUUUCAUCAAAGAUCAACCCAACGAACGACAAGUUAAAAUUCAAUUGAAAGAUCAUAUUGAUAGAACAAAGAGAAGAACAAAAGAUGAAACCGAAUAUGAAUACAGUGGUUCAGAAGAUGAAAAAGAUGAAACACCAGAGGAAGGAGAACCAAGUUCAAUUAUACAGGGACCAGGAGAGUCAACAUUAAGAAGGAAUUUCUUGAAGUUGCAAGCUAAUCAGGACAGGGCCGAUGUUCCUCGUUCUGGUCCAGAAGCUCAACCUCGUGAUCCUGCGGCUGACCAAAGAAAAAGGCAGAAGAUACAGGAAGAACAACAAAGAAAAAUUGCAGAAAAGGAAGGAAAGAAAAGAAUGGAUGAUCAACAGAGACGUGAAGCGCUUUUGAGAGAACAGAAACGAAAAGAAGAGAAAGCAAGAGAAGAAAGAAGAAAACUAGAGCAACAGAGAAACGAUGAUAGAAGAAGAAGAGAUUUGGAAAAACAAAAAGCUGAUGAAAUCCGUCGACAACAAAGACAUCAAGAAGAAAGAAGACAACGUGAAUUGUUAGAGCAACAACAAGUAGAGAGAGCUCGACAACAGAUUCAACAAAGAAAAGAAGCUGAAUUUAAACAAGAUGUAGGACUUCCACCUGUAAAAUCUGAUCAACACAGAUCUUCUUCACAAAAUCUUCGAGAUAAACCGAUAUGGGCUCGUGAAGUCGAGGAACGAAGUCGAAGAAAUCGUCCCGGGUCACCUAGCAACCAGGACGUUCGUAACCGUAGCAAUUCACCAAGCAUUCCGUCCAGAAUGAAUCCUGCUAGGCAGGGUGCAAGAGCAUCGCCUCACCAAAGUCCAAUUAUGCAAAGGCACAUUAUGAAUGCCGGUGGAAUGAUGGACUCUGAUGACUCUGGAUCCAACGCGAGCCCUGUGGGAACAGCAGAACGUGUUAGAAUUAAAGGGUCACCAAGGGCAUCACCACAUGGCACACCAACACAAGGACGAAAAGGCACAUCAAAGUCCAGGUCUUUUGCAGAACCUGGUUCAAGACCAACUCAUUUAAAUCGAGUAACGUCGUACUCAUCUUCAUCAUCUACUGGGAGCAGUGAAGAUUCAUUAGUUGAUAUUACAGCCAUACAACCUUCUUCAGGAAUGAAUGCAGGAGCAUCUGACACCUUAGUUCGAUCAUUGGAUGAUGCUUCGACUGCGGAAUAUGCAUCCAUAGACCUUGAUAGAAAACAUGCUGAACGAGAAGCUAAAAAUAUGAGAGCGAAUGGUAUGCAUGACAGACAGUCAAGUUGGGAUCAAGCUGAUUUCACCAAACAACAAGGAGCUCUACCGGAUCUUGUACAAAGACUUCAAAUAUCCGAUGGACAGAUAGGAGAUCCUGCUGGAGCUGCAUCAAGAGAACCAAGAAAAUCAUCAGUUGUGAAUGUCAAUCCUAAAGGAAGUGAAAGAAUUCCAGGAGUGUCGACAGACAUGCCUGAAAUUCGGAAAUACAAAAAGAGAUUCAAUUCUGAGAUUCUAUGUGCUUCCUUAUGGGGUGUGAAUUUGUUAAUUGGAGCAGACAGUGGAUUGAUGUUGCUGGAUAGAAGUGGGCAAGGAAAAGUUUAUCCGUUAAUAAGUCGUAGAAGAUUUCAACAACUUGAUGUUUUAGAAGGAUUGAAUCUUGCAGUCACUAUUUCAGGUAAAAAGAACAAGCUCAGGGUUUAUUAUUUAAGUUGGCUUCGAAAUAAAAUCUUGCACAAUGAUCCUGAAGUCGAAAAGAAGAUUGGUUAUGCAUCUGUCGGUGAUUUGGAAGGAUGUACACAAUAUAAAGUUGUGAAGUAUGAAAGAAUUCGUUUUCUUGUUAUCGCACUACGCAACAACAUCGAAGUUUAUGCUUGGGCACCUAAACCUUACCAUAAGUUCAUGGCAUUCAAAUCAUUCUGUGAUUUGCCACACAAACCAAUGAUAGUUGAUCUCACCGUUGAAGAAGGAUCAAGAUUAAAGUUAUUAUAUGGAUCUGCAUAUGGAUUUCACGCAAUUGACGUUGAUUCUGGACAAAAUUUUGACUUGUACUUCCCUAAUCAUAUUGAGGCACCGAUCACUUGUCAUGCCAUCAUUGUUCUACCUAACACAGAAGGAAUGGAAUUGCUGGUUUGUUAUGAAGACGAGGGAGUCUAUGUUAACACAUAUGGGAACAUCAGCAAAGAUAUCGUCCUGCAAUGGGGAGAGCAACCAACUUCAGUGGCUUACAUCAGAUCAGGUCAGAUAAUGGGCUGGGGAGAGAAGGCAAUCGAAAUCAGAUCUGUUGAAACUGGACAUCUGGAUGGUGUGUUUAUGCACAAAAGAGCACAACGUCUCAAGUUUUUAUGCGAACGUAACGACAAAGUCUUCUUUGCUUCAGUACACAGUUCAUCAUCCAGCCAAGUUUAUUUCAUGGCUCUAAACCGUAAUCUUCAGAUGAAUUGGUGAGACGAUCAUUGCCAAAUCAACUACACAAAACGAUGAGACAAUUUUCUCAUUUAUAUCUGUGAAAAGUUAAUAUUUUUAGUAGCAUCAACACAACAUCUUUCUCAUAAUUUGUAGCCUAUACCAUCAUAUCGCCACAGUAGAACCAAAUUAGAUUAUGCCACAUUUUUAGGUUUUGAGUAAAUUGCAAAAAUAGUAUGGUUUUUACAGCUGAAUUUAAAAAUCGGCAUACGGCAAUAGAAUACUUAAAAUCAAAUUUAGAACGAGAACAGCUUUGGAACCCAGAUCAAACAACCUGCUCCAUAAUGACAGAAGCUCAUAAAGGUUCAAUUCAUAAAAAUUUGACAUAGGCUGCUUUGAUUUUACUGCGGCGAUGUAAGCGAUUCAACCACAAUAUAAUUGCCUUUUGAUUAGAAAUGCUCAGAAAUGAGGUUUUUGCUUAAUCAUGAGUCUAUAAAAUUCAGGUUAUAUAUUAGGUCAAAUUAUUGCUGUCAAAUUAAAAUUUUCUGAAAAGAAUAAAUUGAGAGAAGCAAAAAAGGUAAGGAUGUUCCAACGACGGCCAUUAUUCUCGUUUUGAAUGUUUGAUUGUUUUCAUAAUGCAAUACUUGUCUUAUUAUUUUGUUUGUUUUUGUUUAAUUAAUCAUCACAUUUUUCAUUGUAUAUAAUUAUGGCCUUUAGUUAAUAGCAAAUAAUUAAUAGUGUGAAAAUCGAAAUGUAGUGGGCUAAUGAUAUGCGACUUAGUCAAUUUGAAAUUAUUUGCCACAAUUCUCCUCAUCUUUUUUUUAUCGAAUUUAGCCAAGAUGGUUGUUGACAGUUUUUAACACCAAUAACCAUUGUUAUUCAUAUUUAAAACUUUUGAGUUUUUUUUUUCAGUGUUCAAACACAGUUUAUCUUUGACAAUAUUGCUUCCAGAUCUCUCUAAUCAUUUUAGAUUGGUUCAUUUUAUUUCAAAUCCUAGAAGCAAAUCAGUUGUUUGAAACCUAAAAAGAAGGGUAGUCACAGUCACAGACUAUAUUCACAAGGCCUGUCGCUCAAACAUUGCAAAUUUCUCAAUUUCUAGCGAUGUAGUUUCACCAGCUUGAAUCUUCAUUGGAUAUUUCCUACUUAACAAUUUGUAGGUUGAAAAUAUUGCUUGUAUUUGGUGAUGGGCAUGAUGUAUUGUUGAUAGACAAUAAGUGCGAUAGUAUUCCACCCAUGAAUCCAACACACUGUAGCAAUGUGUGACCACUACUCCUUUCUGUACAAUAAUAGUUUGUUUAGAAACAAGAUGCAAAAUUAAGUCCAAUUUUCUCUUUUUUUAAUUAAUAUAUCUUUUGUGGACUCCUCUUCGCAUGAUGAUUUUAUGAUAACUAUCCAUUGCAUGUUCUGUUUGUAAAUGUUUCUACGUCACAAUAAACCUAUUCCAUUUAUGUUGUGAAUUUAUCCUCCCCAAAAAUAAAUAAUUGUUUUUCUACUGAGGGAGAUAGGAAAACAACUUGAAUUUGUAAUAUGAAAAUGCGAGAAACUCAUUUUUUGUUCAGGAAAAAUUAUUGAUCCUUUCUUCUCCCAAGUUAAUGUAAUAUUAGUCCUGUUGGCUGGUGUCCCUAAUACUUAUUAAUUGUAAUCUUGUUAUAAUAUCACACUGUAUGUGGUUUUGGGUUAACAUUUGCUUCGUGUAUGGAGAUGCCUUUAGUGUUGUAUCAGUACUUUAUAUAAUAAGUUCAUUAUGCCCAAAAUUCAUAUUUAUAUCUUUUAAAGAUAAAGACAUUAGGAUAAUUUAACUUGUCAGAUUUUAUAGAAUACUUCAUGGUACUCUGUUGUACACCCACUAAUCGUUCAAGUUUCUUAGGCUUGAAGUCUUUGUGAAUCUUGGUUGUAAGACAUGAAUUUAGAGUGCUCUUGGGAGUUGUUGUUUUAGUAAGCUAUUUUGCCUUUUCUUCGUUGUAUUAUCCUAUUUAUACUUCUUCGUAUUAUAAUUAAUUGUACUGCUUCGCAAGAAAUACAAAUGUUUCCUCGAAGGAAAAGUUGUUUUAUCAA